GACAAUGAGCGCGAACAGUUUCCCACAUUUGCAUAACUGACUAGCCGCCUGAGUUUCCCUGCUUCUGGUGGGGAAAUGGAUCUCUGCAUCUUUAAGGCUCCGCGGGGCUGUCUGCUCCGGCGACGCAGGCAGGGCAGGCUCUGCCGCAGCGACUCCUCUCAUCGCUAAGGUCCAGUUAGCCAAGGUGGAGGAUGGGAAAAGAAUGGAGCUGUCCCAGCUCCUCAAUGAGAUCAGGGCAAACUAUGAACAGCUUCUCACCAGAAAUCAGAUAGAGACGGUGCUGUCAACACGGAUGCAGCUAGAGGAAGACAUAACCAAGAGAAUGGACAAGGAUGAGGAGGCUCUGAAGGCAGCUCAGGCCGAACUCAAGGAGGCCCGCCGCCAGUGCCACCACCUGCAGGUGGAAAUCGAGUCUCUCCACGCCGUGGAAAGGGGCCUUGAAAACUCUCUUCAGGCCAGUGAGCAGCAUUACCAGAUGCAGCUGCAAGACCUGGAGUCGGUGGUUGACAGAUUGGAGAAGGAGCUGCAGGAAGUGAGGUGUGGCAUCGAGAAGCAGCUUCAGGAGCACGAGUUGCUUCUCAACACGAAGAUGCGCCUGGAGCAGGAAAUAGCCACCUACCGCCGCCUACUAGAACAGGAAGAGCUCAGAUAUUAUGGUUGUAUCCAAGGAGAGAAAAAAGAAGAAAAACCUGCCAGGAGUAAAGUUGGCUUUCUUCUGCCCUCAGCCAUUAUAAAUGAAAUAUCUUUUUCAACGAAAGUCUCACAAAAGUAUGAGAGUGAAAAUGGGGAGACCAUGACCAAACAGGCAAUGUUAAAUGGAAACGUCGUAAAGGAGAGCGCGGAAGCUUGCGGCACCAUUCAGACAGAGAAAGUGGAUGAAGUUAUAAAAGAGUGGGAAGGUUCGUUCUUUAAAGAUAACCCCCGACUGAGGAAAAAGUCUGUUUCUCUUCGAUUUGACCUCCACUUAGCAGCCACUGAUGAAGGCUGCUUACGGAGCAGACAGGAUCAUCUGCCAGACAUUGAAGUCAGGCUCACCAUGAGAAGAUCAUGUAGCAUCCCCUCCAUCAAGCCCCCGCCAGCCACCAACUAACCCAGAGAGAGUGUCUAUCAGUGACUAGGAUGGACCUAGGGUGGCCAUGCCGAUGCCCAGCCCUGAAUGUAAGUUAUUCCAUGUGUCUGGAUAAUGUUAAGAUGUUGUGGGCUGUGGAUCUCUUCAGAGAACCCAUAUAAUAAGAGGUAAAGUUGCUAGGACUCCAAAGAUGAGCAUAUUUUCUGAGAAGGGGAGUGCUUAAAUCAGAAAUUCAGUGUGGUUUCUGUUUUAUUUGUCAUUCAAAUAGUCUUUAUCCUGCUGAGUUUUAUCAGACACUUGAAGGAUAAGGUGACUUGGUUAAGUCUGUAAUUUUCCUCAAUGGCUGAACAUCCUCAGGAUAAUACAACAGCUUGUCUGGAUACUGAAGAGUUACACUGAGUUACUCUCCAUGGUUUCAGGACCGCAGAACCUAAAGUGUUUUUUCUUCUAAAAAGACAGCAGGUAGGAACAAACGUGUAUGGAGGGCACUCCAUACUCUUUUAGGAUUUUUCCUUUUGAGACAAUCAUCUGAACCCUGGGAAUUGAGAAGUGGUCUGUCUGCGAGCAAUUCAGGAUGAAGUAUAGAGCACACCUCAAGGCUAUUUUGAUGAUUAAUAAAAUUGGGGUGCGCUAUUCUGAUUCUCUUAGAAUCAGUAUCUGAUUUGAAGGAGAGUCAUUUCGUUGAAAGAACUGUAAAAGUUGUAUCCUUACACACACACACACACACACACACACACACACACACACACACAUGAGCUGCACAAACAUUUUAAAGCUAAUUGGAAAGGUGAUUAGUGAAAAAAAAAAAAGGUGAUUAGUUACUAGGACAUCCAGCUGCUCAUCAUCUGAACUCUUCCAUCCAAAACGCCAUGUUAGUAGCACUGGCUAUAGGCCUUAGAGAAGGUCCUCUCUGAACUAGGAGAAAGAGUUCUUACAGUCAUUUCUGUGAAGUAGCAGCAUAGCAUUGCUAGCCAAGAGUGUCUGCGGGACUUGUUCUCAAUUGUUCAAACUGUAAUAAAUAAAGGUGUAAAACAUAUUUAUGAAUAAGUGAAGAAAAGUCAGGCGUUGGUGGCGCACGCCUUUAAUCCCAGCACUCGGGAGGCAGAGGCACAUAGAUCUCUGUGAGUUCGAGGCCAGCGGAUCUCUGU